GCUGCGUAACGAUCUCACACAAUCAGAAAGAGAGAGAGAGUGCAGUGGAGAGGCAUGGAGAAGAGGACUCUCUGACGCUCUUCCUCGGCGUCUUGGAGACGAACUCGGCCGCGUUCUCAUGCUCAUCGUCGGCGCUGCUGCAGAGCCGCACCACAGCUCGCCACAAUGGAAGAGGGUGAGUACUUCCUGAAAGUGCUGAUCCCCAGCUAUGCGGCCGGUUCAAUUAUCGGUAAAGGAGGACAGACCAUCGUCCAACUACAGAAAGAGACUGGCGCCACCAUCAAACUUUCCAAAUCUAAAGACUUCUACCCAGGUACGACAGAGCGUGUGUGUUUAAUCCAGGGUACGGUGGAGGCAUUGAAUGGAGUUCAUAACUUCAUUGCUGAGAAAGUGCGUGAGAUGCCCCAAAGUAGCCAGAAAAGUGAACCGGUCAGCAUCCUGCAGCCUCAAACCACCGUUAACCCCGACCGAGUCAAACAGGCUAAACUGAUCGUGCCCAACAGCACAGCUGGGCUGAUCAUUGGUAAGGGUGGAGCAACUGUGAAGUCGGUGAUGGAGCAAUCAGGUGCAUGGGUGCAGCUCUCACAGAAACCAGAGGGCAUCAACCUGCAGGAGAGAGUUGUGACAGUAAGCGGUGAACCUGAGCAGAACCGAAAGGCUGUAGAGAUUAUAGUGCAGAAGAUCCAGGAGGACCCUCAGAGCAGUAGCUGUCUCAACAUCAGCUACUCCAAUGUUACAGGACCUGUAGCCAACUCCAACCCCACAGGCUCACCGUAUGCCAACAGUGCCGAGGUUCUGCCUAGUGCUGCUGCCGCCGCCGCAGCCACUGCGUCCACACUGCUGGGCCAGGCGGGCCUUGCCAGCUUCCCCUCUGCAAUGUCUGGUUUCUCCGGCAAUGACCUGCUGGCCAUAACCUCUGCCCUGAACACGCUGGCCAGUUAUGGCUACAACACCAACACUUUGGGGCUUGGCCUGAACCCAGCAGCUGCCUCUGGGGUGUUAGCCGCGGUUGCUGCUAGUGCUAACCCUGCAGCUGCUGCCGCAGCUAACCUCUUAGCAUCGUAUGCCAGCGAGGCAUCCGGAGGAGCGGCUCAUCCAGCUGCACCUGGGCUUGCUGGCUUCUCAUUGGGUUCUCUUGCAGCUGCCACAGGAGCUUCCAACGGCUACCUGAACCCAGCCACCUCCCCACUAGUGGCCUCAUCACUGCUGGGGACUGAGAAACUGGCAGAAGGUGGCAAGGAGGUGCUGGAGAUUGCCGUGCCCGAGAACCUGGUGGGGGCCAUUUUAGGGAAAGGGGGAAAGACGCUGGUGGAGUACCAGGAGCUGACAGGGGCACGCAUCCAGAUCUCCAAGAAGGGGGAGUUCAUCCCAGGCACACGCAACCGCAAAGUGACCAUCACAGGGUCGCCGGCAGCAACGCAGGCCGCACAGUAUCUCAUCAGCCAGCGGAUCACGUAUGAGCAAGGCGUCCGUGCCACAAACCCUCAGAAAGUGGGCUAGAGAGCGAAC